UCAAACUUCAAAGCAAAUCAGAUCUUUCUUCCAUACCAUUAUAGUUUAUGGAUAUAUCCAGAACCAUGAAAAUCACUGAUUCUAGCUCAUAAUUAAUAAAACUCAAUUUCUGCGGUUUGAGUGGUGAAGAUGGCGGCAACAGAUGAUCUGGCGAGGUCAAUGAGUUUUUCAUCUUCCGGUAGGAGGAGAUGGACUUCCGCUAGUACCAGGGAGGCUUUCUCGGCGGCACCAGGAGGUGGUGACCAUGCUUUUGCCGCAAGUGGGAGGCACGACGAUGAAGAAGAACUCAAAUGGGCUGCUAUUGAGAGACUACCUACAUACGAUAGAUUAAAGAAAGGAAUCUUGAAACAAGUUCUUGAUAAUGGACAAAUCGUUCAUCAAGAAAUCGAUAUCACAAAUCUUGGAUCUCAAGAUAAGAAACAGCUCAUGGGAAGUAUACUCAAAGUUGUAGAAGAAGAUAACGAAAAGUUUCUAAAUAGAGUUCGAGCUAGAACCGAUAGGGUCGGGAUUGAUAUUCCAAAGAUCCAAGUACGCUACAAGAACUUAUCCAUCGAAGGAGACGUUCAUGUGGGGUCCAGAGCUCUUCCUACUUUACUAAACGCCACCCUCAACACCAUGGAGGGACUUCUUCGAUUCUUUAAGCUUAUUCCAUCCAAGAAAAGGGUGGUCAAAAUCUUGCGUGAUGUGAGUGGGAUUGUGAGGCCAUCGCGGAUAACGUUACUUCUUGGGCCUCCUGGUUCUGGGAAGACGACAUUGCUGAAGGCACUUGCCGGAGUACUGGAUUCAGAUCUCAGAGUCGGUGCCGGAGAAAUUACUUACUGUGGUCAUCGGAUGUCUGAGUUUAUUCCUCAGAGGACUUGUGCUUAUAUUAGCCAACAUGACGUUCAUCAUGGUGAGAUGACAGUUAGGGAGACAUUUGAUUUUGCUGGGCGGUGUCUUGGUGUAGGAACCAGGUACGACCUCCUGGAAGAACUUUCACGACGUGAGAAAAAUGAAGGGAUUAAACCGGACCCGGAAAUCGAUGCUUUCAUGAAAGCGACUGCAGUAUCUGGUCAAGAUUCUAGCUUGGCUACAGAUUAUGUUUUAAAGAUUCUUGGAUUAGAUAUUUGUGCUAAUAUCAUGGUAGGUGAUGAGAUUAGAAGAGGAAUCUCCGGUGGAGAGAAGAAACGUGCUACUACGGGAGAGAUGUUGGUUGGACCUGCAAAAGUGUUCUUCAUGGAUGAAAUUUCAACUGGUUUAGACAGUUCAACAACUUUUCAAAUCGUCAAAUACAUGAAACAACUUGUUCACAUAAUGGAUGUAACCAUGAUCAUUUCCCUUCUUCAACCCGUACCUGAAACAUUUGAGCUAUUUGACGACAUCAUACUCCUCUCUGAAGGUCAAAUAGUCUACCAAGGCCCACGUGAAGAAAUUCUUGCUUUCUUUGAGAGUGUAGGGUUCAAAUGCCCGGAAAGGAAAGGAGUUGCAGACUUUUUGCAAGAAGUUACUUCAAAGAAAGACCAAGAGCAAUACUGGUUCAAAAGAAACGAACCUUAUCGUUACAUCUCAGUAUCUGAAUUUGGUCAGCUUUUCAGCCAGUAUGAAACCGGUGAGCGCCUUUAUCACGAUCUUGCCCUUCCUUAUGACAAAACCCAAAUGCAUCCAGCUGCUUUGGUGACUAAGAAGUAUGGUAUUUCAAACAUGGAGCUCCUUAAAGCAAACUUAGCAAGAGAAUGGCUGUUGAUGAAACGGAAUGCUUUUGUGUACAUAUUCAGGACUACCCAGAUUACUAUCAUGUCUGUCAUUGCUUUCACGGUGUUCUUUAGAACUGAAAUGAAGAGUGGUCGACUUGAAGAUGGUGGCAAGUUUUUUGGUGCUUUGUUCUUCGGUCUUUUAAAUGUGAUGUUUAAUGGGGUUGCUGAGCUGGCGUUGACGAUUAUGAGGCUUCCUGUGUUCUUCAAACAGAGGGACUCAAUGUUUUACCCUGCGUGGGCAUUUGCAAUACCCAUAUGGAUCAUGAAGAUUCCUAUAUCAAUCAUAGAGUCAGUAAUAUGGAUUGUUCUAACAUAUUACACUACCGGUUUUGCUCCUUCGGCUAGUAGGUUUUUCCGGCAGCUUUUGGCUUAUAUUGGCCUACAUCAAAUGGCUUCUUCUCUUUACCGUUUCAUUGCUGCACUUGGAAGAAAGCAAAUUGUUGCAGGUGCUCUUGCCACCUUUUCGUUGCUAUUGAUUUUUGUAUUCGGUGGAUUCAUUGUUGCAAAAGACGACAUUGGCCCAUGGAUGAAAUGGGGCUAUUACAUUUCCCCAAUAAUGUAUGGACAAAAUGCUAUUGUGAUCAACGAGUUUUUAGAUGAUCGAUGGAGCACUCCGAAUCCUGAUCCACGAAUCAGUGAACCAACUGUUGGAAAGGUUCUUCUCAAAUCCAGGGGAAUGUUCACAACCGAUUAUAUGUUUUGGGUUUGUGUCAUUGCACUUUUCGGGUUUUCACAUCUCUUUAACCUCUUCUUUGUGUUAGCUCUGACAUAUUUGAACCCUCCGGGAGAUUCAAAAACUGUUGUUCUGACAGAGGAUGAGAAGAAUCAGAAACACCCACAAACAGGAACAGAAAUGGCAACAAGAAACAUCGUUACGAAGGGAUUGGUGCUCCCAUUUCAGCCGCUCUCAGUUGCAUUUGACCAUGUCAAUUACUAUAUAGCCAUGCCUGCUGAAAUGAAAACACAAGGAAUCGAAGAGGAUCGUCUGCAACUCCUACAAGAUGUCAGUGGCACAUUCCGCCCAGGCAUUCUGACAGCUUUGGUUGGAAUCAGUGGGGCAGGAAAGACGACAUUGAUGGAUGUGUUAGCUGGGAGAAAGACUAGUGGGUAUAUUGAAGGAAGUAUCAGCAUCUCUGGUUACCCGAAAAAACAAGAAACAUUUGCUCGUGUCAGUGGAUACUGUGAACAAAACGACAUCCAUUCACCCCAUGUCACUGUUUAUGAGUCGCUUGUGUACUCUGCCUGGUUACGCCUUGCUCCAGACAUAACCACAGAAACUCGCCAGAUGUUUGUGGAAGAAAUCAUGGAUUUGGUGGAACUGAACCCGUUAAGGAAUGCAAUCGUUGGGCUUCCAGGAGUAGAUGGUCUUUCAACAGAACAAAGAAAGAGGCUGACAAUAGCAGUAGAAUUGGUUGCAAAUCCAUCAAUCAUCUUCAUGGAUGAGCCGACAUCAGGCCUUGAUGCAAGAGCUGCUGCCAUUGUCAUGCGUACUGUUAGAAACACGGUCGACACCGGUCGUACAGUCGUCUGCACGAUUCACCAACCGAGUAUCGACAUUUUCGAGGCUUUUGACGAGUUAUUAUUGAUGAAAAUAGGCGGGAAGAUCACCUACACCGGACCUCUUGGGCACCAUUCUAACCACCUAAUAGAAUAUUUUGAAUCUAUUCCAGGGGUUAACAAAAUCAAACAAGGUCAAAAUCCGGCCACAUGGAUGCUCGAAGUUAGUUCUUCAGCUGUUGAAGAUCAACUUGGUGUUGAUUUUGCAGAUAUCUAUGCCAACUCUGAUCUUUAUAAGUAUGAAUACAAAAUCCCUAAGCAUCAUCGUUUAGAUUCUACUAAGUUUCUUUCUAAAGGGUUGUGUUACAGGAGGAGCCAAGAGCUCAUUAAGGUGCUCAGUACACCAGUAACAGGGUCCCAUGACCUUUACUUCCCUACAAAGUACUCUCAAUCCUUUCGGACACAAUGCAUGGCUUGUUUAUGGAAACAACACUGGUCUUACUGGAGGCAUCCACAGUAUAAUGCUGUCCGGUUCUUCAUGACGACAGUGAUUGGCAUACUCUUUGGAGUGAUUUUCUGGGACAAAGGCCAAAAAUUGAACCAACAACAAGAUGUAAUGAAUCUGAUGGGAGCUAUGUAUGCUGCUGUGGUGUUUCUUGGUGGGACCAACACUGCAGUUGUACAGUCUGUGGUGUCUAUAGAAAGAACGGUUUUCUAUCGUGAGAAAGCAUCAGGGAUGUAUUCAACAAUUCCUUACACAUUUGCCCAGUUGGCCAUUGAGGUGGUUUAUGUAGGAAUACAGACACUCAUAUACACUCUUCUGCUUUACUCCAUGAUUGGGUUCCAGUGGUCGGCAGACAAGUUUCUAUGGUUCUACUUCUUCAUAUUCAUGUGCUUUGUCUAUUUCACAUUAUACGGGAUGAUGCUUGUAGCCCUCACACCCAAUUAUCAGAUUGCAGCCAUUACUAUGUCGUUCUUCCUUAGGUUAUGGAACUUGUUUUCUGGUUUCAUGAUCCCCAGAAUGCAAAUACCGAUCUGGUGGAGGUGGUAUUACUGGGGUUCACCGGUGGCGUGGACUUUAUACGGCCUGAUCACAUCUCAGCUUGGUCAAAACGAAAGCCUUAUAGUUGUUCUAGACCACAAUUCUGUCACAGUGAAAGAAUUUAUUAAAGAAUUUCUAGGGUUUGAGUACGAUUUUCUUGGGUACGUUGCUUUGGCUCAUGUUGGUUGGGUCAUCCUCUUCUGCGUCGUCUUUGCCUACGGCAUCAAGUUUCUGAACUUCCAACGAAGAUAGGGAAAUCAUGGAAUACUGUAAAUGCGAUUAGGUAGGAAAACAUCGAAUACUCCGUCCUACAAAUAUGUUCCUGCCAAUAAAAUUACCAAAAUGUUAUAUUAAAAACAUUUCAUAUUUUUUUUAACUAAGGUUAUAUUAGUAACAAUUCAAAUAAAAUUAAAUCGAA